AUGCAAACCGAAGAAAAGCCGGUCAGGGAUGUCCCUGUCGCCCUCCCCGACGGUGACCACUCCGAUACCACCGACGAUGAUGUUUCGCCCGCUGCCACCCCUUCGGCCAAUGCACCUCAAUCCUCCCACCCUUCCAUACCGUCUUUACGGCCAACAAAGGAUAUGACCGCCGGUAUUUCCGCCUCUUCGACACAUUUGGGGCAGAUUAAUGCCGCCCGACGAGGUCCUGCUCCGCGUCCCCCAGCAUCCAUGAGUGCGGCGCAGUCCGGGGGACUCAACCAGGAUAUUCUCGCCAAAAUGAAAGCCUUCUCCCUUUCUCGACAGGGUGCCCCUCCGUCAUUACCCCAUGCUGCCUCCUCGCCUACCAUUCCGUCUCUCAGCAGUCCCGGGGCUCCUAAGCCUAAUGGUGGUGUGCAGUCACCUCCAUCGGGUGGGCCCGUCGCUGGCCCACUUCCUGGUCGCCUGCCCCCGCAAGUCCGUCCCAACGCGAAGAACUGGGUUUCAUCUCCGACUGUCGCGGGCUCAGCGGCUGCUAAUGCACCUAAGCCGCCAGGCAGCUUAGCUGCCAAACGGAUGAAACCUGGCCUCAAGCUCUCGGAUGCCGCAGGACCCAAUGGGCCUUCGCCAGGAAAGCCUUCCGACGGGCCUGCCCCUGGUGGAGAGUCGAUAUUCAGCAAAUAUUCCGAGUUUGUUGACACCAAGACGGGCACGCUCAAUUUCAAAAACAAGGCGGUCAUCCACAGUGGUGGCGUAGAAUUCUCUUCCGGGCAUAGCUUCAGCAUCUCUUUGGAUGAAGUCGAUCGCUUGGACGAACUAGGCAAAGGAAACUAUGGGACGGUAUAUAAGGUUCGACACAGCCGGCCGCACAUGCGGAAACCCGGAACGGGCGUUGGGGGUAUUAUCAGUCGUCCGGCAGGCCCUGACGACUCCAAUUCCGAUGGCAUUCCGGCACUGAAGCCCCAAGAUAACCUUUCUGGUGUGGUUAUGGCAAUGAAGGAAAUUCGACUGGAGCUGGACGAGAGUAAAUUUGCCCAGAUCAUCAUGGAAUUGGACAUUCUUCACCGUUGUGUCUCUCCCUUCAUCAUUGACUUCUAUGGCGCGUUUUUCCAAGAAGGGGCAGUCUACAUAUGUGUCGAGUUCAUGGACGGCGGAUCAAUCGAUAAAAUAUACAAACAGGGCGUCCCGGAAAACAUCCUUCGCAAGGUGACGCUCUCCACCAUCAUGGGGUUGAAGACCCUUAAAGACAACCACAACAUCAUCCAUCGCGAUGUUAAACCCACCAACAUACUUGUUAACAGUCGUGGCCAAAUCAAGAUUUGUGAUUUCGGUGUGAGUGGUAACUUGGUGUCGAGUAUCGCCAAGACGAAUAUUGGGUGCCAAAGCUACAUGGCCCCCGAACGAAUUGCUGGUGGUGGUAUGCAGCAGUCAGGAACGACUAGCACCGGGACCUACAGCGUCCAGAGUGACAUCUGGAGCUUAGGGUUAUCGGUAAUUGAAUGUGCUCUUGGCCGCUAUCCUUAUCCUCCCGAGACUUUCAACAACAUUUUCAGCCAGUUGCACGCCAUCGUCCAUGGAGAAGCUCCAACUCUUCUCGAAACAGGCUAUUCUGAGGAUGCGCAUGCGUUUGUCCGCGCAUGCUUAGAUAAGAACCCUAAUAACCGUCCUUCGUACGCCAUGCUCUUGCGCCACCCCUGGCUGUCACCACUCAUGCAGCCUCCUAGCGAAGACGAAGCUGCCAAGGGCCCUGAAGACUCCGGGGUGGAGACUGAAGACCAAGAAGUCGCCGAUUGGGUAAAUGAGCGACUUGCCGUUUUGGCAUCUGGGCAAGAACCGUCUCCAGAUAAGCCGGCUCUACACGCCGCUCCACUGGAUGCUGUCCCUGGGAGCCCGCUUUUGGAAGAUGCCGCAUUGCAACAACCUGCUUGA